AUGAGUCGCACUUCAAUUGCUCUGUCGACCCCAUCUAGACACUUUUCUGUCACCCCGAAAAUAUAUCAAGGCAUCACUCUUCUGCAAGACAAGCAAAAUGGCUUUGGCUUCGUGCGGUCAAACCCUAGACCUGCCAAGCCUAGAACGAAGGGAGUCACGGAGAUCCGAGGCCCAUACUACUCAGUCAUGGGUAAAAGAUAUCUCGCGGAUAUUCUCGAAACGAUGGGCGAUCACGUAGAUGGUCUGAAGUUUGCCGGAGGUGCUUUUACUCUUUUUCACGAGACGCCACUGCGGGAAUUGGUCGAUCUUGCCCAUGAGCACGGCGUGUACGUCUCAACGGGUGGAUGGGCUGAGCAUCUCCUCACACAUCCCGAUCCAAAUACGGUGUUUGACCGCUAUCUGAAAAAAUGCAAGGAUCUCGGAUUCGAUGUCAUCGAAUUGUCUUCCGGUUUUCUGUCAUUCCCGGAGGAUGACUGGCUCCGACUUAUUGAUAAAGUCCACUCAUACAAGUUGGAACCGAAGCCUGAAUUGGGGAUUCAAUUCGGAGCCGGCGGAGACACACCUGCCUCAGGACUUGAAUCGAUUGGGACCUCUGACCCCGGCAAAUUAGUAAACUUGGGUCGUAGAUUCCUCAACGCUGGUGUGAAGCGGUUGAUGAUUGAGUCAGAAGGUAUCACUGAAAACGUCACCUCCUGGCGGACUGAUGUGGUGUCGAAGAUCAUGAAGGAGCUUCCUCCUGAGCAUAUCAUGUUUGAAGCUGCAGAUCCCAAGGCCUUUAAUUGGUACGUUCGUGAGUUUGGUAUUGAUGUCAACCUGUUUGUGGAUCACAGCCAGAUUGUGCAGUUAGAAUGCCUGCGGACUGGCAUUUGGGGCACUGCCGACACCUGGGGCAAGAUAGUAUCGUUCCGGCCGUGA